AUGUCAGAAACUAUUGAUAACCCAACCGUUGAAGAAUACAACGAAAAGGAAACUGUUGUUAGUGGUGAACAAGUUGAACAAGUUGAACAAGUCGAACAAGAAAAUGAACAAGUUUCACAAUCAUUCCAAAUUUCAAUUAAAACACCAGCUGAAAUUGGUACUAUUAAUAUUCAAGUUCAACCAACAGAUACAUUAAUAGAUAUUCAAAGCUUUUUAUAUGAAACCUCAGAGACAUGUUUAUAUUCAUCUUUUGAAUUUCGUUUAUAUGGUAAACAAAUUCCAGAAUAUUCAGAACUUAGUUCUAUUGAAGGUCUUGUUGAAGGCGCUACCUUGGAAAUGGUACCAGUCGAUUACAAUGAGAGAUCAGCAAAAUUACACGUUAAAAGAUUAAGAGAUAUUAUGAAUACAGGUUUAACAGAAUUUGCCAAUAUGAAUAAUCCAAGUCUUUUCACAAGUUUUUCAUUCCCAGAGAAAUCAAAUAUUUUAACUGAAGAACAACAAUUAGAAGAACAAAAACAAAAAUUUGAACAACAACAACAACAACAACAACAAACUGAAGAUAAAGAGGAAAAAGAAACUAUAGCAACUGAACAACAACAAAAUAAAAAGAAUAAACAUCAUAAUAAAAAAGGUAAUAAAAAGAAUAAUGGUGAUGAAUCAUUGAAUAAUGAAAAUAAUGAAGAGAAGUUAACACCACAACAAAAAGAGAGAAAACAAAAGAUGACAGAGAUUAAAGGUAUUGAUAAACCAAUGUUAAGUAGUUAUUAUCCAGAGAGUCCAAUUGCACCAGUUCAAUGUGUUAAAUCAAUGAUUUACAGUGGUUGGUCACCAGUACCAGGAUAUAGAAAAUUGUUUGGUGAUUUAUUCUAUUUGGAUAUCACAUUAUUAGAGGGUACAACCAUUUGUGUUACAGCAUCAACUCAAGGUUUUUUCAUUAAUCAAUCAAGCAAUGCAACAUUCAAUCCAUCAGUUUCACCAAAGGCAACCAUCAAUCAUAGUUUACAUCAAUUAUUGACCCAAGUUUCAAGAUUAUUCCGUCGUGGUUUAAAUCAAAUCCUUACAAACAUUGGUCGUAAUCAUCCAUUCGAUAUGCUUCCAGGCGUAUUACCAGUACACAAUUGGGUUGCCUCAUCAAAGACCAAUCGUUACGAUAUCAAUAAAGGUACCGAUACUUUUGUUAGCGUACAAGACGUUGAGUUGCGUGGCAAUCCUCGUGAUUGGAACGAAGAGAUCCAAGCACCAAAGGAGUUACCAAAAUCAACCGUUCAAGAACGUAUCAUUAGAGAUCGUGCUAUCAGUAAGGUAAAUUCUGAAUUUGUUGAAUGCGCAAUUCGUGGUGCUCAAGUCAUUGUCGAUAAAGCAAUUCUUCCAAUUAAUCCAGCUGAAAAUCAAAGAAGUCAUAUGUUCCUCUACAAUAAUAUCUUCUUUUCCUAUGCAUUGGACACUCGUGAUUCUUUCACCGAUUGUGGUGGUGAUGAUGCUGCUCGUACAUCUGCAAACAAUGAUCUCAAAGGUAUUCGUUUAUAUAAUUUAGCCGAUAUUGAUGGUCUUUACACUUUAGGUACUGCCAUCGUAGAUUAUAAAGGCCAAAGAAUCAUUGCUCAAUCUUUAAUUCCUGGUAUUUUAACAACUGAAAAAACUUCAAAAAUUUAUUAUGGUUCAAUGGAUACACCAACAAAUGAAGAAGAAGAACAACAACAAAAAGAAGAAAAUGAAGAAAAUAAAAAUAAUAAUACAAAAUCAAUUAAAGCUGAUCCAGAAUUUCAUUCUAGAUUACUUCAAGCUGCAUCAUUACUUCAUUUAUCAGAGAGUAAAGUAAUUUCAGAAGAUACUAAUCAAGAGGUUAGUGUUUGUACAUCAUUUGAAUCAAAAGGUAUUAUUGGUAUCGAUGGUCGUCGUUAUAUUUUGGAUUUAAUUAAAGCAACACCACGUGAUCCAAAUUACACAGAAACCAAGGAUCAAUUGUCAGUUCUUAGACCAGAAGCAAUCGCUACCUACUCUGAAUAUUUUAAAGUAACUUGGUUAAAUCAAAAGAGACAACAAAAAUUAAAGGAAAAAGAAGAGAGACAAAAGAAGGAAGGUAUUGACCCACCAACUGCCACCGCCAGAGAUGAAGAUGUUCAAUUGACAGAGGAGGAUUUGGCCCAAUCACCAGUGGUAUCAUUCAAUCCAAACCUUUUCUCAAAGGUUAAACUCGGUGGAACCCCAGAGGAACAACAAAAAGAUAUCGAAGAUUUGAAGGCUAUUGGCGCAUUCUUAAAGGGUAUUCUCAUUCCAAGACUCAUUGAAGAUUUAAUGCUUUUCAAUGUUGCUCCAGUCGAUGGUCAAACUCUCACCCAAGUCAUGCAUGUACGUGGUAUCAAUAUGCGUUAUUUAGGUUACAUUGCAAAGAAUGAAUCUGCCAACGUACCAUUCAUCCAAGACCUCUUAUUCAAUGAAAUGGUCAGCAGAGCUGCCAAACAUUGUUUCAAUAGAUUAUUACGUUCCACCAACGCCUCCGAUAUGGCUCAUUCCAUCUCUCACUUUUUAAAUUGUUUCCUUGGUACUGAAACCGGUUCAGUCUCUGCUGAUGAGAAAUCAAAGAAAGCCAAACAAAUCAAAUCCUCAGCAAUCAAUGAAUUGACUCAAGGUAAACUUUGGAGUGAAAUCGCUCAAUUGGUAAGCAGCAAAUUCGAUUUUGAAAUUCCAACUCAUUCCGUGCCAAUGGAAUCACGUUUAAUCGUAUUACGUUGUAUUUGUCUCAAGAUGGGUAUUCAAAUCUUGGCUAAAGAUUAUAACUUCACCACCGAUGCUCCAUUCUCACCAGAGGAUAUCGUUGAUUUAUUCCCAAUUGUUAAACAUGUCAAUCCAAGAUCAACCGAUGGUUUAGACCUUUUGGAAGCUGGUAAAACAUUCUUUAAUCAAAGAAAAUACGAAUUAGCAACUGAAUUACUCGGUGAAGCCUUGGCUAUCUACCAUCAAGUUCACGGCCCAAUUCACCCAGAUGCCGGUGCUUGUUUCACUCAUUUGGCUAUGUUGGCAUACCAAAAUGAACAAUACGAUCUUGCAAUCGAGUAUCAAAAGAAUGCAUUGGUCAUCACAGAGAAAACCGCUGGUCUCGAUCAUCAUGAAACCGUUCAAGCUUACACCACAUUGGCCGUUUUCUGUCAACGUUCUGGUCGUUACAAUGAAUCCAUUGGUUAUAUGAAACAUGUCUUAUACCUCACCGAUCUCUUAGGUGGUGAAUAUAACCCAGAACGUGCUUCAAUCUACACUGCUAUCGCUGCAAUUCUCGAAGAUACUGAACGUUUCGAUUUGGCUUUGGAAUUCUUAAAGCAAACCUUAAAACACCAAGAAUUCCUCUUCACACCAGAUCAUCUCAUGUGUUCAACCACCUAUCAUAAGAUGGCUAUCGUUUGUGCUCGUGCUACAAACUUUGAUGACUCUAUCAUUCACCAAAAGAAAUCAACCGAUAUCUUGGAGAAAGAAUUGGGUGAAGCUCAUCCACGUACUAAAGAAUCUUUGGAAUUCUACACUGGUCUCAGUCAAACUGCUAACCAAAUUAAACUUUUCAAACAACAUCAAGCCUUGAAAGCUGAACAAGAUGAAUUGGCUAGAUUACAAAAAGAAAAAGCUGAUCAAUUCAAAAAAUCACAACCACGUGUCUCUGCUAUGCCACCUUCACUUGAAAAUGGUAGUGUCUCUGAAUUAUUAAAUUAUAUAAAUGGUAAACCAAAGAAAUCUCAAUCAAAAAAAUCAAAAUCAACUAAUACUACAACUACCACCAACACCACCACUGCAACCACCUCAAAAUCAAAAAUAACAAUGGCUAAAACUCCAAAUCCAACAACAAAAGCAACAACUUCAAAAUCAUCCGCAACUGCUUCCUCUGCUGCCACCAAUAAAUCAACAACUAAAACUAAUCCAACCUCAUCAUCCGCUGCCGACUCUUCAAAACCAAAUAAAAAAUCUUCAAAAAAUUAA